AUGGAACGUUGGCUUAAAGGCGUUAAGCGUGUUGCAACAACAUCUUCUAAUGACGCUGAAUGUUCAAAAUCAGUACACGCGGAAAAUACAGCAAUUACCGAUCCAGACGAUGAUGCCACAACGUCAAUCUCCACGGUUUCAAAGACGAAAAAAAGGAAGUAUGAUGAAUCAUUUAUCACUUUCGGAUUUGUUGAUUCCAACGGCUCACCUCUCUGCAUGUUAUGUAGUAAACUACUUCCUAAUAGUUCCAUGGCACCUGCCAAAUUGCGCAGACAUUUAGAAACUGUGCACCCCGAGUCUAAAGACAACAAUAAAGAAUUUUUUGUUCGUAAAAAAGAACAGUUAUUGGAAAGUCCAAAUAAUAUGAUGCAUGUAAAACAAACUAUCAAUGAAAAGGCCACGGAGGCAUCAUAUUUAGUUAGCUAUCGCAUUGCACAAGCAGGUGAAGCGCACACUAUCGCUGAGAAUUUAAUAAAUCCAUGUGUGUUAGACAUAACAAAAUGUAUGCUCGAUGAAAAAUCUGCAAAGCAUCUUUCUACUGUACCGCUAUCAAACGAUACCAUUUCACGUCGAAUCUAUGAUCACGGCUACAAAAAACAAGAGUCGCCUUGCAAAUGGAUGAGUCAACUGAUGUCACUGGUCUGGCUAUCUUGCUGGUUAUCGUGA